UUUAAUAGUAUUGAAUAUUUUUUUAUUGUUUUAUGCCAAAUCUUUUUUUCCAAUUACCAAUAUUUUUCUUAAUUUACUAGUCACUUAUACUUCAAAUCUGUGUUUUAAAUUUAAAAUAUACCUAUUUUCUUAGUCAAUAUGGAAUGCAGUUUAGCCUCGACAUAUACCAAUAGCACUGCAAAACCUUCUAGUGCUGUAUCGGAUAAUAGAAGUCCAGCUAAGUCUGGCUUACAUGUCAAUUUUACUGAAAAAGUAGAAGUUAAAGAGAAAAGAGAAAAAUUUCUAACAGCCAAGUAUGGUGCCCAUCAAAUGAGCUUAAUAAGAAAACGUUUAGCUGUUGAAAUGUGGUUGUUAGAAGAAAUGCAAAAAUUAUAUGAUUUACCUAAGAGAGAUCCAGCAGUUGAAGGGAUAGAGUGUGAAGUGGAAGUUGAUAUAGACGAUCUAUUAGAUAUGGAUGACGAUCAUCAGCGUACACAAUAUCUUCAAAAACUCUUGUCAUCAGCCAAAUCUAAGGAAAAUAUCAAAGAAUUCAUUGAGAGAUUACUUGAAAAGAUCAAAACAUUAUAAAUGAUAAAAGGCGGAAUACAACUACUAAUAUUCACCGCCGCGCUAGCUCUUUACUGCCAAGCAAGAAAUGUCAAAUCUUGCCAAUUAAAUAGCAUUGCAUGCAUUUUGGAGAAAAUAUUUUUACUAGAAAAUCAUAAUAAAAAUACCGUCCAGAUUUAAAAUAAGUAGGUUUGAAUAUUACACAUUUAUAAGAAGAGACAUAAUGUAAUAUCUUUACUAUAUUUAUGUACUUUAUUCAAACCAAACUAUUUAUUUAGUGUUUUUAUUCAAUCAGUUAAAGAAAUUUGUUAUAUUAUUUUUCAUAAUGUUUCAAUAUUACUAUUGAUUUAUGUACAUGAUUGUAUGUGGUAGGGGCUUUUUAGAUUAAGUUCUGAACAUUUUCAUCUGUUUUGGUAUAGUGUUUACUAUCCACUUACAUAAAUACUAUUCAGCUACAACUACAAUCCAGUGAAUAAUUAUAUUUAGUAAUAGCAAGUUUGGUCAAUAUAAAAUUACAUUGUAAAUACUAAUUUACUAAUUGUUAAGUACCUACUUGUUUUUCAAGUAUAUUAUAUGUUUUAACUUAAAUUUAUAAUAUGCAUUCACAUUCUCAGUUCUUAAGACUGAUCUUUUUAUUGCAAACAAAAAUAUAAUAUUUAUUUAUUUAUAGUAUAUUAUCAAUUGAAAUACACAUAUUUACUUAAUAGUGUAGAAACAAGUAAAGAAAUAAACUGUGUUAGUUCAAAAGUAUUUUAUAUUCUCAUGAAUAUUUGGUUUAUUUUUAUUUUUUUACAAGAACUAAUUUUUUCAAUGGUAUAUUCAUCUUUUAUCUACAUAAAAAAAACAAAUUCAGCUAUAAAAUUGCAUAAAUUAUCAACUAGUAUUCUUAAAUAAUUGAUUGAUUGCCUGUUAUUUUAUUUUUUUUUUUUUUAAGUGAUAUUUUCAUCAAAUACUAUAAGCAAAAUAAUAUGUAUGUCCAUUUACGCUAAAAGUACUUCUUGGAGGCAAUCAAGUUUUGUCCAAUUAAGCACUAAGCAGGCAAUUCCCCUAUCAAUAGACACAUUAUUGUUACGUGUGGUAACUACCUMACCUGCCAUCAUCUUCUUGCAUAGAAACAAGCAGCCAAGAAUUCCUCUUUACGUAAAUGGAGUAUAAUUUGUAAAUUAUUUUUAAAAAAAGUAUGUAUUUUUAUUAUUUUAGUACCUAGUUAUAAAAAUACAUAAAU